AUGACGCCACCCAAAGAGAGGGCCACCUGCCCCAUAUGUGAUUAUAAAUUCUCGUGCCUGGGAAAGCACCUCACCACGAGGCAUUUUAUUAAAAAUAAGAUUGAAAGGCGCCUGCUAAUUAAUUUGGGCACGGGCAGAGUUAAUUUCCGCCACCUUUCCUGCCCGGUCCCGGGAUGUACAUUCGCCAAGACCCGGGUGGACCGGCACCUGGAGGAGGGGCACCCGGAGCUGGAUCACGCUAAGAUCAUGGAGAUCAUACGUGACACCAAAAAGCAGGUGACCAUGGAUGGGCUAAGGGCCCUCCGUGCCUCCAACCCCACCCCUCCAGUCAUGUCCAACUUGGACAUCGGGUUGGAGCACGAAGAAGUUGUCUUCGAGGCUGCGGACGUGGUGGAGUCCACCUGCUUGGAGUGUCCAAAGCUUAUGAAAGAGCUUGGGGAGCUCCGCCGGCUCCUCAAGCUGAAGCAGCGGUGGGCCAAACGGGCCAAGGCCAAGAUCCAGGCUCUGGAGGAGGCGCUCCAAAAGGCAGGUGGAGUGGGGGGGGACUCUGGGGAGUCUGAUCUGCCUUGCGGCCAGGAGGCGACCCAGCAGCCAGAGGAGGAUUCCUCUGGCGAGGAAGAGGGAGAGGAAGAAGAGGCCUCCAAGAAGACCUCGAAGAAGGCCAUCUCGGACACCGUGGCCAAGGUCUUCAGGGGUUUCCCAGAACCCAUCCUGGAGUUCUUGGACGAGUUCUGGGUCCACCUGAAGGGGGCCCUCGGGUCCAAGAAGCAGCAGGAGAACCAGCGGUCCAAGUUGGGCAGGAUCCAACAGUUCCUGCUCUUCAUGUCUGAGGGGAGGUCCAUCCUGCCAAAUUGGACCUUCCUUCACAACGUCAGCAGGAUCAAUGAAUGGCCGGGACAUCUGCACGGGGAGGGCAAGGCCUUCACCACAAUCAAGGGCUACAUCUUGAACGUGGGGGAGUUCCUCGCCUUCUUCAGGGACACGCCGCCAUCGACUUCGCGGGUGUCCAAGAAGUCGUUGGUGGCAGUCAUCAGGGCCUUGUCGCAGAUCCUCAAGGCUUUGGCGAAGCGGGUGGUGCUGCGCCAGAUCCAUGUGAAGAGGAAGAAGGCCGGGAAGCUCAUCCCCAAGGAGGACCUCCAUGCGUGCCAGGAGCGGGCCCGUAAGGCCAUCCCUAAGCUGCUUGACGCCUUGGAAACUAUGCCCACCCCGUCAAAGAUACGCCGCUUUUACGGAUACAUAAGUGCGUACUUUGCCAGCCUCUAUGGACACAGAACCGGCGUGUUGACUAACAUGUCGGUUCAGGAGGUGGAGGAGGCCAAAGCCGAAGCCAAGCCUGGGGACCCGGGCUUUGUGGUGAACGUGAAAGAGCACAAGACGAGCAAAGCCUUCGGGCCUGCUCAGGUCUACCUUACAGUCGAGGAGUUUUGCUGGGUGGAGCAGUGGCUCGCAUUCCGCGAGCAGCUCCAGACAACCUCUGACCUUGUGUUCUUUAAUGAGAACCAUCAGAGGGUGAAAAACCUGCAGACCCACCUCCAGGGUGCAUGGAGCGAGAUGGGGUUGCCGGGCAGUCCCACAUUCAUGGAUUUCCGGACCUCCAUAGCCACAUAUGCCAGAAAUGUGUUGUCCCCUGGCACCAGGACCAAGAUCAGCAAAAGUAUGUGCCACAACACAGACACAGCAGAGAAAUUUUAUGCCAUGUCUCAGACAACAGAGCAGCUGGCGGAGCUGCGGGCCCGAUUUCAGGAGGCCACGGACCCCGACCUCCCGUCCGGCAGCGACAUUGCAGAGACCCCACUCCUCGUCCUCUCUGAGUCCUCCAGUGAGGAUGAGGGAGAGGGCGCGGGCGCUGUGGAGAGAAAGACGAGUAAGGAACUCAGUGAGGAUGAGGGCGCGGGCGCGGGCGCUGGCGCGGGCACUGAAGCGGGCACUGGCGCGGGCGCUGGAGCUCCUGUUGUGGAGGAGAAAAACAUGAGUGAGGAACUCAGUGAGGAUGAGGGCGCGGGCGCGGGCGCUGGCGCGGGCACUGAAGCGGGCACUGGCGCGGGCGCUGGAGCUCCUGUUGUGGAGGAGAAAAACAUGGCAAGUCUUCCCAUUUCAAAUGUAAAGUUAACUGCCACAUGGGACAACGUGUUUCCUCUCCAAAAUGACAGAGUGGAAGCCGCCAUUUUGGAGAAGGAACACAGUGAAGAACCGGUCGAGGGCUGGGAGUCUGACCACUCUUAUAGUAAAAAUUGCAGAGAGGAAAGCGAAGACCAGCAACAGGCCUCCUCGGCCCAGGACUCCCCAUCCCCAUCCCCUGCUGAGAAGACGCAGCCUGAAGCACACACCAAGGAGAAGCCGCCUGCGUCCCAGGAGCGCUAA